UAAAAAAUGAUGCUCGUGAUACAAAUAAAGUAGUUUAGCGUAAAUAAGCUUGUCAACGAUAACCCCAUUUUUAUUUUUUUCCUGACAAACAAAAUGGCAAACCCAAAAACAAUAAAAAGAAUUAAUAAAGAAUUGUACGACUUAGGACGUGAUCCACCGUUGUAUUGUAGUGCUGGUCCUAUCGGUGAUGAUCUUUUUCAUUGGCAAGCAACAAUCAUAGGCCCUCCUGACUCACCAUACUCAGGAGGCGUGUUUUUCCUUGCUAUUCAUUUUCCUACAGAUUAUCCGUUUAAACCACCAAAGAUUAACUUUACAACAAGAAUAUAUCAUCCGAAUAUCAAUAGUGAUGGAAAUAUAGGCCUGAAUAUUCUAAAAGAUUGUUGGUCACCAGCGCUUACUAUUUCAAGAGUACUCCUGUCAAUUCAUUCAUUUGUAAUUAAUCCAGACACAGAUAAUCCACUUGUACCUGAAAUUGCUCAUGUGUAUAAGACUGACAGUACUCGUUAUGAAGCUACUGCCCAUGAAUGGGCUUGCAAAUAUGCUGAUAGUACUCCAUGGUAUCAAAAGUAUUACAACACAGUAACAAAAGAAAUAAAUGGUACACUUUGCAAAGAAAUGGUUUGUAAUUUAUUAGACAAUCCUGGUAAUUCUCCAUGUGAAAAAACUUACGUGAGUGAUAAACAAAUUAAAGAUGCAAUAAUAAUUCAUUUGAUAAACUAUCAUGACAUUUUUGUUAACGGGUAUGGGAAGGUAAGUACUAAAGUUUGCCUUUUUUGAUAAAGUGUUUACCCAAAAAAAAAAAAAAAAAUCUGAUAUGAUAUUGUAUGAU